AUGAAUGAAGAUAAUUCUGUCACGGACGAUUUAAAGAGACAAGCCGCUUUGUUUUAUAAUUCUACAAAAAGAGAAACAAUAAAUCAAACUCCAAGUAAUAAGUAUAAGACAUCAUGGCAGUUUUGGAAGAAGCGGCGACUAGUCGUGGCAUUACUGGCUUUCUUCGGGUUUUUCAACGUGUACGCCUUAAGGGUGAAUCUCUCUGUAGCAGUAGUCGCUAUGACGGAACCUUUGGAAAUGGAACUUGAAAAUGGAACAGUUGUCUUUGUUCCAGAAUUUGACUGGUCGUCGCAAACGAAGGGUCUAGUGUUGAGUUCCUUCUUCUACGGCUACAUCAUCACCCAGCUACCGGGCGGAUGGCUAGCAGCUAAGAUAGGAGGUAACAGGAUGUUCGCCAUAGGAGUUGGAGCCACAUCUCUUUUGACGCUUUUCACGCCUCCUUUAGCACAUACCAGCACGGCUUUACUCAUUACAGUGCGUGUCAUUGAAGGUUUGUUUGAGGGUGUAACAUACCCCUGUAUCCACGCGGUCUGGUCUCGCUGGGCCCCCAGCGAGGAACGCGCGAGACUCGCAACAUUCGCCUUCAGUGGCAGCUACGUCGGCACCGUGGUGUCUAUGCCGAUAUGUUCCAUGCUAGCACACUACACGGGAUGGCCCGGCAUAUUCUAUGUUUUUGGUAUAAUGGGCUUAGUAUGGACAACAAUAUGGUGGCUCGUAGUCAAAGAAUCUCCAGAGAAGGACCCUCAUAUUACUGCUGCUGAAUUAAAAUAUAUACAGGAAUCCCGAGGCGCUAUGGCGACGGAUGGGUCUCAGAUUAAACAUCCGUGGAAGGCGAUGUUGACUUCUGGCCCGGUGUGGGCGAUAGUGAUGGCGCAUUUUAGUGAGAACUGGGGAUUCUACACACUGCUCACGUUCCUACCUACUUUUAUGCAAGAUGUAUUCAAAUUCAAAACAUCGCAGACUGGAUGGCUGUCGGCAGUCCCGUACUUGGCCAUGGCGAUAGUGCUCCAGGUGGCGGGCCACAUGGCGGACUGGCUGCUGCGGAUGGACGUAAUGUCAAGGACAAAUAUACGGAAACUGUUCAACUGUGGCGCGUUUUUAUCUCAGACAAUCUUCAUGAUAGCGGCCGCAUACGCCCCUUCUGUGUCAGGCUGUGUCAUUUGUCUCACCAUCGCGGUGGGGCUCGGGGGAUUCGCUUGGUCUGGAUUUAGUGUCAACCACCUGGACAUAGCACCGCCACACGCCAGUGUGCUGAUGGGAUUGUCUAACACCAUAGCAACUUUGCCUGGCAUUAUCAGCCCCCCUCUCGCAGGCUCGAUAGUUACUAACAGAACGGCAGAAGAAUGGCGGAUAGUAUUCUUCAUAUCCAGUUUCAUAUAUCUCCUGGGAGCGAUCGUAUAUGGCGUAUUUUGUUCUGCGGAGAAACAGCCGUGGGUGAUGGAAGUCGAUAGCGAUGCCAGCUUUGAUACAGAUGGCGCUUCCGUUACUACUGCAAGGGGAUACGAUAAUAAAGCUAUGGAUAGAAGCUCUGAAAUG